CUGAUUGAAGGGCUGGGGGCGUGGCCUGGGCGGGGCGUGGGUCAAAAGGGCUUCCGAGAAGCUUUGCCGGAUGCCUGCUUGGCUUGCGCUGCAUUGGUGUGUGAGACGAUGCGGAAGGUGGUACUGAUCACCGGGGCUAGCAGGAAUUUGAGUAAAGCGGAGGCUGUCCGUGCUUCUCUGCUUGCCUCCCACCCUGACGCCGAGGUCACCACUGUGCAAGUGGAUGUCAGCAGCUUGUCAUCGGUGUUCCGGGCCUCCAAAGAGCUCAAGGAAAGGUUUCAGAGAUUAGACUAUGUAUAUCUGAAUGCUGGGAUCAUGCCUAAUCCACAGCUAAAUAUAAAAGCACUUUUCUGUAGCCUGUUUUCAAGAAAAGCGAUUCAUGUGUUCUCCACAGCUGAAGGACUGUUGACCCAGAAUGACAAGAUCACUGCUGAUGGGCUCCAGGAGGUGUUUGAAACCAAUAUCUUUGGCCACUUUAUCCUGAUUCGGGAACUGGAAUCUCUUCUGUGCCACAGUGACAGUCCAUCUCAGCUCAUUUGGACAUCAUCCCGCAAUGCAAGGAAAUCUAAUUUCAGCCUUGAGGACAUCCAGCACAGCAAAGGCCAGGAGCCCUACAGCUCUUCCAAAUAUGCUAUAGACCUUCUGAGUGUGGCUUUGAACCGGAAAUUUAACCAGCGGGGUUUAUAUUCCAGUGUGGUGUGUCCAGGGACCAUGUUGACCAACUUGACAUAUGGAAUUUUAUCUCCUUUUAUGUGGAUGCUGAUCAUGCCAAUGAUAUGGCUGUUGCGCUUUUUUGCAAAUGCUUUCACUUUGACACCGUACAAUGGAACAGAAGCACUGGUCUGGCUUUUCCACCAAAAGCCUGAGUCUCUCAAUCCUCUGGUGAAAUAUCUGAGUGCCACCACUGGUUUUGGCAGCAAUUACGUAACGUCCAAAAAGAUGGACCUAGAUGAAGACACUGCUGAAAAAUGUUACCAAAACUUACUGGAACUGGAAAAGCAUGUCAGGGUUACCAUUAAAAAAACUGAUAACCAGAGCUGAUGAUGAGGCUCUCUGAAACCUUUCAUACCAUCUGUGGAUUCUGGAGCAUGUCGGUUUCUACUGAGGGGGAUGAUACGCAUUUGUGGUAAAUUAUGAACUCUGAUAGUCUCUUCCUUCAUUUCAGAAUCACCUCUCGGGCUGUGCCUGAGGAAAAGAUUGAUAAAAUGUCAGUUAUUCUUAAGAAUGGUGUCACAUUAAAAUUGAGUCACCCAAUCAA